GCUUUCGGGCAACAGUGACUUAAGCGGCCUUUUAUCAGCACCAUCGGGACCUUCUCUGGAUGCGGUUUCCUAUUUACGCCGAUUUGAGUUCAGUGUGUUUUCGUCUGGACUGUUAGGAUAUUGUGCGACGCGAUGAAGAGGUUUAAGCAUUUUUUGGUUUUUACCAUUGUGAUAACUGCAUCAAUCUGCGUUGCGUCGGAGACGACACCUCAACCAAAUCAAUUAGAGGAGCUUAUAAAUACGACAGCACCCGACAUAGGCAACGUCACAUAUGUAAACAGUAAAAACGUAAGUGGCAACUUAAAAAUAACCACUUUAGAAAUAUUAACCACGGAACAGUCCCUCGCUGAAAGACAAACAACCGAACCCACUACCCCUGAAGUGCAUGAAAUCCUUCUUUCUGAACGACACAGUGCCGCUUUUGUUCCCGUUUCGGAACACACACCGGGGUCUGUUGAUGAAAGUGAACCGUCGAAUGUGGAAGGAAUUGUUUCAGCUACAGAUGAUAUAAAUAAAGAGAGCGUUCACGACAAGCAAUAUUGGAACGCUGAAAAUGAUGCGAUUGACGCAAAGGAGUCCGAUAAGGGCUCCAAUUUCAUUAAAUCCGACGACGUAAUCGAAGAUGAUAAAGUUUACGGACAAGCUUUACAUAACGUGAAACAAAUUGCGGAAAUGAUUGAAAGCGGCGUUGAAUCUCUUUAUGAUAAUUCAGAACAAUCAAAAAAUCAUGUUAGUAGUCAUGAUAAAGAACUUAUUAGAGAAGUAAUUGCUGCUCUAGAACAUAUUGGGGAAGAACAGAUAACUUUUGACAUCGAAAAAGCUCAAGAACAAAUUUUACAAAUAGGAGAUAACAACGACACGUUAGGUGACGAAAAGGUAACAACAGCAGUUCCUGCUUCUGAACCGGAAGAAUUUACAACAACAACCAAUGAGCAAAAACAGAUGUUUGUUUCUGGAGACUCGGUUAUACCUAAUGAAACUACCGAAACUGUUACUGUUAUUGUUACUUCUUAUAAUACAGAAUCUGCAAAUGCAUCUGAAGAUUCAACAACUCCAAUUGUAGUAGAUGAAUCGAUAGAAUCUACUACAGUUUCUGAAUCUGAAGCCGGUUUGGAAAUUACCGAAAUUAAUCAAGCUGUUACAAAUCCGUCGACAGAAACUUCAAAAGAUGCUCAACAAAUUGUUAAUUUUGAAUCUACUGAAAGUAUAACUAAUAUUUCAAGUACAAUUGAGAACAGUAUAACAGAAGACAAUGCUAUUAGUUCAGAUCAAACAGAAAAUUAUUCAAAUUUGGAAUCUUACAGCACCACUAUAUUUAAAGAACCUCAUCAGACUGAAACAGUCACAACGGAUAAAACUACUCAAGACUCGAUUACGACAUUUUCCACAACAGUUUCAGAUUUGAUCGUUUCUGAAACUACUACGGUUAAAUCUGUUGAGAGUGCAAUAAAGGUUGAUUCUUCAGAAACUUCAGAUACUUUAAUGGGGACUGAAACAGUUACAACGGAGAAAACUAUUCAGGACUCAGUUACGACAAUUCAACCAACAAUUUCUUUUGAAACUACUACGAAUGAAGAACCUGGUCAAAAUACUUUAAAUGUUGCUGUGUCAGAGGCUGCAGAUAUUUUAAACUGGACCGAAACUGUCACAACGGAAAAAACUACUCAAAACUUGGUUACAACAGUUCAGACAACAGUUUCCGAUUUGAACUCUUUUGAAACUUCUACGGCCAAAGAAAAUGAUCUGGGGACAAUAAAUGUUGAUGCUUCACAGACUGUGGAUAUUUUAAACUCGACCGAAAGUAUCACAACAGAUGAAACUACUCAAGACUCGGUUUCGGUAAUGCAAACAACAGUGUCUGAUUUGAACUCUUCUGAUCAGAAAAUAACUAAUGUUGAUGCUUCAACAACUUUGGAUGUUUUAGACUUGACUGUGUCAACUGAAGAAACUAUUCAAGACUUAGUUACGACAAUUUCUGAUUUAAACUCUUUUGAAAUUACUACGACGGAAGAACUUGGUCAAAAUACAUUAAAUGUUGAUGUGUCAGAGGUUGCAGAUAUUUUAAACUUGAUUGAAAAUGUAACAACGGAAAAAACUACUCAAAACUUGGUUACAACAAUUCAGACAACAGUUUCAGAUUUGAACUCUUUUGAAACUUCUACGGCCAAAGAAAAUGAUCUGGGCGCAAUAAAUAUUGAUGCUUCACAGACUGUGAAUAUUUUAAACUUGACCGAAACUGUCACAACAGAUGACACUACUCAAGACUCGGUUUCUGUAAUGAAAACAGCAAUGUCUGAUUUGAACUCUUCUGAUCAGAAAACUACAGAUGUUGAUGCUUCAAAAACUUUGGAUGUUUUAGACUUGACUGUGACAACUGAAAAAACUAUUCAAGACUUAGUUACGACAAUUUCUGAUUUAAACUCUUUUGAAACUACUACGAUGGAAGAACUUGAUCAAAGUCCAUUAAAUGUUGAUGUGUCAGAUGCUGCAGAUAUUCUAAACUGGACCGAAACUGUAACAACGGAAAAAACUACUCAAAACUUGGUUACAACAAUUCAGACAACAGUUUCAGAUUUGAACUCUUUUGAAACUUCUACGGCUGAAGAAAAUGAUCUGGGCGCAAUAAAUGUUGAUGCUUCACAGACUAUGGAUAUUUUAAACUCGACCGAAAGUAUCACAACAGAUGAAACUACUCAAGAUUCGGUUUCGAUAAUGCAAACAACAGUGUCUGUUUUGAAUUCUUCUGAUCAGAAAACAACUGAUGUAGAAGCUUCAGAAACUUUGGAUAUUUUAGACUUGACUGUGACAACUGAAGAAACUAUUCAAGACUUAGUUACGACAAUUUCUAAUUUAAACUCUUUUGAAACUACUACGAUGGAAGAACUUGAUCAAAAUACAUUAAAUGUUGAUGUGUCAGAGGCUGCAGAUAUUUUAAGUUGGAGCGAAACUGCGGCUAAAGAAAAUGAUGAAACUACCCAAGACUCGAUUUCGAUGAUGGAAACAACAGUAUCUAAUUUGAACUCUUCGGAUCAGAAAACAACUGAUGGUGAUGCUUCAGAAACCUUAGACUUGAUUGUGACAACUGAAGAAACUAUUCAAGACUCAGUUACGACAAUUCAUACAACACUUUCGGAUGAGAACUCCUUUGAAACAACAGUUUCUGAUUUGAUUUCUUCUGAAAGUUCAGAAACUACAGAAAAUAUUAUUGCUGGAGAAUCCAUUCAAGAUUCGGUUACAUUAAAUCCAAUAACAAUUUUGGAGGUAAACUCAUCUGAAUUAACUACAAUUACAGAGCCUGUUGAAGAAACCGUAAACGUUGAUAAUUCUGGAUCUUUGGAUAUUUUAAACUCAAUACAUUUAAAUGUCUCUGACGAGGAACAUAUUGAAUCUGUAACAAAUUCUAUUGAACCUACGAGUGAAGAACUUAGAAAGGAAGAAGUUAACACUGGAUCUGAUUUGGGAAUUCCAGAUGAUUUACCAAAUCCUCAUGAAUCUACUAUUAUUAACGAAGACUUCUUGAAACCAGUUACACCAUUCAUCCAGGAACUUCAUGUGACUGAAACAUCAACCUAUAAAGUAACAACAAACUUUGAAACAACAGAACUAUCACAUGAAUUACAAUUUCAUACAGAAAAUGCAAAUCAAUCACCGUUACUUAAUUUUAUUGAAGAAAAUUUUGUGAAACAAAAAUCCGUUCUCACAAAUGAAGGCGAGAGUGUACAAAAUAAUCUAGAAUCACAAUUAGAAACAGAAAAAACUGAGGAGUCUUCAGAUGUCAAAGAAGGUAUGAAUCCUAGUGAUUUUAAAACAGUAGUACCACUUGUAGACGACAAUGAAGUUACAUUCGGGGCAAGCACUACCAGCACAGAGCCUUCACCUUUAAUUAAAUUUAUUAGGGAAAAUAUUAAACAACAACAAACUCUCACAAUUGGGGAAGAAGCAAACAAUUCUCAAGAACACACAAAUUCAGAAAGCAUUUUAAUAAACCCAGAAUUGUUUAAUAAUAUGGUGCAAGGAAACUUCCAAAUAGUAAACGUACAAUAUGAAGAAGAGGAAACAACAACACAAUCAGCUGAAGAAGACGAAUCUGAAAAAGAAGAUAUUGUAACAACACAAAGUAUUCUCCUGAUUCCAACUACAGAGUCAUCAUCUGAAAUUGUGGAAGUGGUUACAGCAAUUUAUGUGUCUCCUACUGAAUUUGAUGAUGCGUCUACUGAACCAAGUAACUCGGUGACUAUAUACGAAAAUAGAUUUAUAAUGAACAGUGAUGAAGAUAAAUUGGCGGCAAAUAGUCAGACAACAACAAAAGAGACACGUUCCGAAAGUACAACAAGCGUAACGAUCGAAGAGACCACAGAAAACGGUAAUCUCCCAAACACUAAUGCCGACAACGUAAUUAAUGUGAAUGCAGCCCUUGAACUUGAGGCAGAUUUAAACAAACAAACAGUUACAAAUGAUGUUUCCAGUUCCGAAGAAGCUGUUGAGAAUUCUAUAAUGCCAGAAAUAAAUGAAGAACUCAGUGAUGAAGUCUCAUCCGAGGAAGACCUUAGUGGUUAUAGUACAGAGAUCAGCGUUGUGGAAAUAAUUGACGGAAAGAGAGUGGAAACACCUUUGGGCAACUCCUUGAAGAACCGGAAACUUUUGGAUGUUCAAAAUGAUGCGCCAAUUGAUGAAGAUAGUACAACUGAACUGGACGAAAAAAUUGAAGAACUGUCGGAUAUUUUUAAAACUGAAGAAACAUUUGAUAUGAGAAUUAAUUACUCUCAUAUUGACAAGGUUUAUGAUUACUUAAAUCCAAAAAUAAUUGACUCAGUUUCGCAGACUACAGAUGAAGAAAUGGUUACUUCCAGAGAAGACUUUGAAGGGAUUUCAUUGUAUGAAGAAAUGGAGCUAAAGAAUGAUUUAGAAGAAGAAACAUCUCCGCAGUCUCUAUUCGUAGAACAUAGAACAACAGAUGAUGCUGACGCAGAAGUUUUAGAUAACUUUGAAAAUAGUAAAUCGACUGAAAUUGGUAAUGAGGCAGAAACUGAAGCGCCCACAACUGUCAAUAAUUUGAAAGAAAACAUCAUUGAGGAAGGAACAGUUUCAUCUAUUGACAUCUUACCUACCGAAGUCACGUCUGCUGAAACUGAACCAAAUCUUAUACAAUCAACAGUAUCCACUAUCAACGUAGAUCAAUUUAAGGAAGUACUAAUAGACUCCGGGAAAACUGUGGGCGACAAAGUCAACGUACUUUUUAAUCAGAUUAUGAAAAACAACUACACAUUUCCAACUGAAGAUAUACUGGACGCAGACGAGGAACGAGAUGAAGCUAGUGUGGAAGUAAAUUCAAACGAAUUUGAACAAGAAGUUAAAAAAGAAAUUAUAAAAGCCGACACAAAUCAUCCAGGAAGCACGGUUGAGAACAUUUCGAAAAUUAAGGGAACAAUUUUAGGCAACGAUGUGGAGUUGACCGUUCAAAUUACUGAAAAGGAUGAACAAUUUUAUUUGCCAGAAAACUCGGAGAUAAAAAUUGUAGAUAACACAUUUGUUAUUGUGUGGAAAGGAAGCGAUAACAGGAACAACUCGAUAAAACUAUCAAUAAAGCAACAAGAAGACGAAUACAUUUUAGAAGAAGUACAAUUUGUGUCAGAAAGGGGAGACGAAAUAAUCACAGAGGUUAGCACUAAUGUUGUUUUAAAUGAUAACACCAAGAAAGUGGUUACUUUUCCCUCAGGAAAACAAGUGGAGUUUUCAGAUCUGAGCUUUUUAAAGGGUGUCCUUCAAGUAAAAGAUGCAGAUAUUCAGGCGAAGAUUUCAACACAAAAAAUGUAUCUUCAAAUAGAGAUAGUUGUGGUUUGUCUCACCUUAGGAUUCCUCGUAGCUAUUAGCAUGUUCAUCGUUUUGAAAAGAUAUAAAGAUAAAUUAGACAGUGGGACCAAGAAUACAGAAACUGUUUAAUUUAUGAUUUAUAAAUGAACCAUUUAAAGUAUUUGUAACAGUGACUGAGAAAUUAGUUACCAAUACUAACGUUUAGAUAUUUUAGACAAAUUGUACAUAUUUAAUUAGUUUGUUAAAUGGAGUCAUAUGUUUAUAACUACUUAAUAAGUGAUUUUUA